AUGGCUGACAACAAAGAUACCAUUUUCGUCCAAUUCCGCACUGCAAACCCAGACGACGCGCUGCAAGUCGCACAACUCAUAGAAACCGCCUUCCGCGCCGAGGACAGCCGAGCAGACUGGACAGCCAACAUGAAGCUCGGCAGAUCAUUCCGUUACUCGGCCGACCAGGUCCUCGCCACCAUCACCAAGCCCGACGCCGCGGUCCUCAUGGGCUUCGAUCACCGCGGCGUCCUCGUAGGCUCGGUCCAAGUCGUUGUCAAGCGCGACGCCGGAUUCGCCCGCAUCGCCAUGCUUUCCGUGGAUCCCGGGCAGCAGCGCGCUGGCGUCGGGCGCCAGGUCCUCGCCUCUGCCGAGGCGUAUGCGCAGCGGCAUUAUGAGGUGAAGAAGUUCGGGUUGAAUGCCCUUUCCUCACGGGAGAAGCUGCUCGCCUGGUAUGAGCGCUGCGGCUACCAGAAGACGGGGGAGACGUCGCCGUUCCCCGUUGACCGGUUGGCUCUUCUGGAUCUGCCGCAGGAUCUGUGUUUUGUUGAGUUGGAGAAGGAUGUCGCACAUGGCGUGGCUUGA